AUGGGAGUUGGAGAAAAGUCUAAUAAUAAACCAAUGGAUGGAUGGAUUAUUGCAUUAAGGAGGCCAUUGAAGCCCAUAUUAACUAAGGCAUUUAGGGACGAGAAAGAUGAGGAUGAAGAAGAGAACUCCACAUGUACAACACCAACUUCAGAAGAAUCAAGAAUUCCAAGAAGGUUGACAUGUCCACCACCAGCUCCAAAAAAGAGAAAAUCUUCUUCAAGGUGUCAUCAAUUGAUUAAUAAUGGUGUUAGGGAGUUUUUUAAUCCUCCUGACUUGGAAUCUGUUUUCAUACGCCGAGUUGAGACUUGA